AUGACAAUGUUUUAUACUAGGGGUUGCAGACAUACUAAGUUACUUUUUGAUGCUGACCGAGCAGAUUCAUUUCGGCAUGGUCACCCACACCAUCUUCCAGAUCACUUGUUUCAGAGUACUAAGUUUGACCUCAGUGAUGCCGCAUCAGCUAUAGACUUGUUAUCAGCACGAAUUCCACCAUUUGUACAUUAUAUUUGGUUAGAUGCAGAAGCCAUACUGUCAACAGCUGAAUCCAGUAACAUCAAAUGUAGUGACAGCACAUCUUUUAAUAUUACUAGCCGUGCCCCAUGUGUAUCAGUUUCAAAGCAGAUUUUUCCUGCUGAUGUUUUGAUAAAGUCAGAUUUUGGUCAGGUGGCCCGUUGGGCUGCAUUUGGAAAGAAAGAAGAGCUAAGGCCCAUACCUUCCAAUACUACCAUUAUUCCGAACAUAGUGCAUUAUGUCUGGCUUGGCCAGAGACCAAUGAGUUUCUUUGCCUAUUUGAGUCUGUUGUCCAGUCUGUAUGUACUGAAUGCAGAAAUGGUCUAUAUACAUGGCAAUUUUGAACCACAAGGAAAAUACUGGGAAAUGAUCAGAAACCAUAAACGAGUUGUCUUUGUCUGGAGGGAUUUCCCAGAGGCUGUCUUUAGUGAGCCAAUUGUCAAAUUUGCAUCACAUGCCAGUGACUAUCUUCGGGCCUUUCUGUUGAUCCGAUAUGGUGGGAUUUACAUGGAUUGGGAUGUUCUUUGGGUAAGACCUAUCCCUGAUCAUCUUCGUCGCUAUGACACUGUGGCCUGCCCAGAUUUCCCAGCCACUGGAGCCUUCCCUGAUGUCUUCAACAUGGGUGUGCUGCUGGCAGCAAAAGGAUCAUAUUAUCUUCGCUUUUUCUUGGAGUCGUAUCAUCAUUACCUCGACUACCAUUGGUCAUACAAUGCCAUCCACAUCCCAUACAAGGUUUAUGAGAAGCAUGCAGAUCUUCUCUAUGUUGACCGACAUUUACAGGUAAUAUGUGCCAGGGGGUUGUGCCACCCAGUCUGGGUGCAAGAUUUCAAGAAUGAUGAGGUCAAUCACCUCACUACUGCAUCCUUUGAUUGGAAGUUUGAUACCUUAGCUGUGCACUGGACUUACCCAGAUCCUGAAGAGUUUGAGGAUGAACAGACCCUAGAAGAUUCCAUCUCAAUGUUUGCAGCCAUUGGUAAACAUGUGUUGAGAAAGGCUGAGCACCUUUUAAAAACAGAAUUAUAAUGGUUGUCAUGGACAGUAGGAACUCAUCCACCCCAACACACUAUUUCCACCAAUUCGAUCAUUUUGGACCAUUAUAUAAACAGAUGAUUUAUAAUUCUGAGCGACUGUGAUAAUUAAAAUGCUAGUCUUGAAGCCAGUGGUCUAGUUUUGACAUGCAUCUAGCUUGGAAUAUUAGCUACAUGAAGCUCAGACAAUCAUAAACUGUUAAACAUGAAGCUCAGAAAUCAUAAACUGUUAAACAUGUAUUUAAGUGUUAAGUCAGAAUGUAUGAUACUGUUAAGUUGAUACAAAGAAGCAGAAGCUGUGUGAAUGAGUUAGAAGAAUAUGAAAUUGUAUUUUUAAAUUUUUAUUAACUUCAGAAAAUUUUGGGUGUACACACAGUUUUAAUUAAAUCAUUUGUUAUGUGGAUUGUGUUUUAAAAUUAAAAAAGAAACUUGUUCAUUGUGGUUCAGAAGAGGGGUAAAAGGGGAUGGUGUAGAAACUUGAAAGCUGCAGAUUUUGGUCAGUGUGUCCAAGUGUUGAUUUAUAAGAUGAGAACAUGAGAAACUGGAUCAGAGGACAAGAGGAUGUGCCAGUUUAGUGGGAAAGGGUAGAAAGAAACCUUUCAGGGAUAACUAAACUAUACAUGUAUAUAUUUGUUUGUAACAUUUUCUUUUUUACCUAAAUUUCUUAGUUCUUUAUAGAACAUUUCUUGAUUGUGUGGUUGCGAAUGAUUACAUUAGUGUGUUCUGAAGUUUUGUGUAACAUUACAUUGCACAUACAAGUCUUUUACUUGAAGUUUUCAGUAGUUUUAUUUAUUUUGUUUACCUCUGAUUUGUUGGGUGAAAUAAAAAUUGUAUGCAUAACCAAAAUCUUAUACAAGAAUUUUAAAACUUAUAUUAAAAUAUUGUUGCUUGUAACAAAUAAGAAUGUUAACAACGGGCUGUCAAACUAGUCAGUGGUAAAAAUACAUGUGGUUUACAAAAUGAAAAUGGCAUUAAGUUUUUUCAUGUUGUAUUCUAUGUCAAAUAACGUCGUAUAUUGAUUAAUCCCAACUUGAUUGUUCUCGACUGUCGCUUUAAAUCAUUAAAUUUUAUAUCAACA